AUAUGAGCCUUUCUGCAUCCUCUGCUUGUCCGAGUCUUCUACUACUUGUAUUCGAUGUCAUCAGCGAGCAAUUCAAGUUCAACCUCAGGCCUUACUGGUGAAGAUGCGGCAAUCGUUUUUGGAGUCCUUGAUGUUUACUUCAACGAAAUAGUCGUUUAUGCACUCAUGCAUGGAAUAUAUACCUGCAUUUUAGCCAUAACGUUGUGGAAUAUCUUUUCCAGCAAAACAGCCAAGAGCGGAGCCUCUAGAGUUCUCAUGGUCUUUGCCAUUGUCCUCCUGUACAUCUUGAGCACGAUUGCUUUUGCGUUUCUUUGGUUCUUCGUCCGAUUCGGCUUCAUCGACAAUGGUCAAGAUGCUCUGUCUGUCUUCACUGGGCUGACUGGCUUCAAUAGUCAGUGGACUGCUGUUCAGAUAGGCGUCGGCGUCACGGGUAUCAUUGGGACCAUCAUCGCUGAUGGAGCUAUGAUUUGGCGUUGCUACGUUGUUUGGGGUGGCCGCUGGCUCAUCGUCCUCAUCCCCAGCCUAUGUCUAAUCACCGAGACAAUCGUAAAAUCCCUUCAAGUCUAUCACAACCUCCAUGAUGUCAUAGAAAACGACGAGCUUUCUGAGUUUGGGAGCAGGAUUGACUGGACGACGCUAUACCUGUCCCUCAUCCUCGCCACUACUUUGAUGUGCACUCUGCUCAUAGUGUACCGCAUCUUGUCGGUAGGAGGAAUCAAAGCAGGCCUUCGGACAUACCGUGGAGUCGUGGAGGUCGUUGUGGAGUCGGCCGCGCUGUACUCCAUCGCACUGAUUAUCUACAUCGCUUUCAUUUCACGUAACACGCUAGCAAAUAGCUAUAUCGAUGUCAUCACUGCAUCGAUUAAGGGUAUUGCACCCACUCUCCUUGUGGGACGUGUCGCCGCUGGACAUGCUCGUCCGAAUGACACUUGGAAGGAGAGCCGUUUGUCGUCGCUUCACUUUGGAAAUCCUCGCCGGACCCAGAUGAGUACUAUGAAUUCUACGACAGGCGGUGCCAUGCAGAGCGUAAUGUUUCCUGAUGCGGAAACAAAUCCUGGAAAUGAUUCCUCCUCUGACAGGAUUGCAGGACAUACACCAGAAGCGAAGUUGGAGAGUGUAUGAGACCUGAUAGUGGCGGUUCACCAU